CGCGCGAUGUCCGCCGCCGACGCCCGCGCGCGAGACGCGCGCGACGCGUCUCCGGACGCGCCCGCGCCGGCGAGCGACCACGACAGCGCGCUCAACGUCGCCGCGCGCGCCGCGGAUUGGCAUCGCGUCGAGCAACUUUUGAACGACGACGGCGCGGCGCACGCGCCGGACGCGUGGACGGCGGCGGCGUGCGCGCGGCGCGGGAACCUCGCGAUGCUGACGAUGCUCGUCGAGACGCACGCGUGCGCGUGGGACGAGAAGACGGCGACGGAGGCGAUCGAGGGCGAACACUGGGAUUGCGCGAGGUACGCGGCGCGCGCGGGCGCGCUGGGACGCGACGGCGGCGCGUUGACGACGGCGGCGUGCGCUCGGAAGGGCGCGUUGGAUCAGUUGAGGUGGAUGCGGGAGCGAGGCGUGGCGUGGGACGCGUCGACGUGCUGGAGCGCGUGCUUCAACGGCCAUUUGCACGUUUUAAUUUGGGCGAGAGAAAACGGUUGUCCCUGGGAUACGCGGGUGGUCACGGAGAGCGCGAAGAAGGGAUACAUCGGAUGUUUGACGUACGCGCUCGAUCACGACGCGCCGAUGCCGCAAGGCGGGGACAUGAAGCGUCUGAUUAAAGAGGUGAAUAAACAGAUUGAGAAUGAGAAUCGCGGGAACGGGCGAAACGUCGUCGACGAAGACGCGAGGACGUAUGAGAAAAUUUUAAAACUGCUAGAACCCGAGGACCCGGUGAUGGAGGAUCUGCAAGGCGUGAUGAGUUUCAUCGAAGAACUCGCCGAGCACGCGCCGGAAGGCGCGUACAUUGAAAAUUGCGCGCGCGCGCAACGAAUCUGGAUGCGACUGAAAGAUGUCACGUCCAAGGUUAACGAACGCGAGCGCCGACGCAAUCGUCGACACCUUCGCGAAUUAUUGAACGACGCGCCGGAUGCGGCGCAGUUGCGCGGUUUGAACGGUUGAUCACGACUACCUAUCGCUAUUUGCAAUACACAGUACUAUACGACUGCACU